UUGCUCUCUUUGCUCUUCCCUGCUGUGUUCUGUCCUUGCUUUCAAGAACGUUUCCCCAUUCAAGCCAGUCAAUUCAACCAGUGACAGUGCAUUAGAAACCCUGUGGCAGCCAUCUUAGGUGUACCACCGCAGAAUGACAUGAUCUCCAGCACAUGACCAGCCGUGCGUUCUUCAUGCAGCCUCUGCUCCUCUACACCGGACCAGCACCACGGACAGCUCCUCGGCAGUCUCUGGAGGGAGAGGCCAUCUCCCGCUUUCACCAGAGAAAAAGCAGCUCCAGUUCCCUCAUCUGUAGCUACACUAAACUCCCCUCCUGCCCCUCCCCGCUGCUUCCUUCUCACCUCCCCCUCUCACAUCCGCAGCACCGACCGACCAAUAAAACAGGGCAAACGCGUAAGCAUCGGGUGCACGGCGCAGGCGGAGAAAGCUGAGAGUGGAGCAGACUGAACCUCCUCCAGCACCACUCGUACUGCUGACAUCUCUCAGCUAAGUACGAUCGGGGCCUCAUCCCUGUCUCUAUACAUCGGGAGCAUUUCCCCUUAAAUCUCAGCAAGGGAUCGUAAGGUAGCGACACCUGGGAGAUCAAGUCUGCAAGGUUGUAGCAGGGACGCAUCCCGUCUAGAGCAAGAUGUUAGAUCCGUCGUCCAGCGAAGAGGAGUCUGAUGGGAUAGUGGAAGAAGAAAGCAAAGAGGCGAUGGCACCUCAGGCCGGGUCCCGCAUUUCUCCCAGCAGGACCAGCGAGAGCUCUGGUGGACUGGCGCCCAGCAGCAGCAGCCGCAGCAGCGCCCGUCCGACCAGCCCGAGCCCGUCCGCCGUCAGCGAGGAGAAAGAGGACCUGGAGAAGCUGCACAGAGAGGAGGAAGAGCGCAAAAAGAAGCUGCAGCUCUAUGUUUUUGUCAUGCGAUGCAUUGCAUACCCCUUCAAUGCAAAGCAGCCGACUGAUAUGGCAAGACGGCAGCAGAAGAUCUCCAAGCAGCAGCUCCAGCAGACCAAGGACCGCUUCCAGGCCUUCCUUAAUGGAGAGACGCAAAUUGUAGCUGAUGAAGCUUUCAUCAACGCCGUUCAGAGCUACUCUGAGGUGUUCCUGAAGAGUGACCGCGUGGCUAAGAUGGUGCAGAGUGGCGGCUUCUCAGCCAACGAUUUCAGGGAAGUCUUCAAGAGGCACAUCGAGAAACGAGUGCGAAGCCUCCCGGAGAUCGACGGCCUCAGUAAGGAGACGGUGCUGAGCUCCUGGAUGGCCAAAUUUGACACCAUCUACCGUGGUGAUGAAGAUCCACGAAAGGCUCAGCAACGCAUGACCGCCAGCGCCGCUUCGGAGCUAAUCCUGAGCAAGGACCAGCUAUAUGAGAUGUUCCAAAAUAUCCUUGGCAUCAAGAAGUUUGAGCAUCAGCUGCUUUACCAAGCGUGUCAGCUGGACAAUCUGGACGAGCAGGCUGCACAGAUCAGAAGAGAGCUUGAUGGUCGUCUUCAGAUGGCAGACCAGAUUGCCAGGGGCGGCAAGUUCCCUAAAUUUGUGUCUAAAGAGAUGGAGGCCAUGUACAUCGAGGAGCUCAAGUCCUCCGUGAAUCAGCUUAUGGCCAACCUGGAAAGCAUGCCUGUGUCCAAAGGUGGAGAGUUUAAGCUCCAAAAGCUGAAGCGAGGCCACAACACCUCCAUCAUCGAUAUGGGCCAGGAGGACGAGAACACUCUCUCCAAGUCUGAUGUGGUUCUCUCUUUUACUUUGGAGGUGGUGAUCAUGGAAGUGGUGGGGCUGAAGUCUCUGGCUCCCAACAGGAUCGUUUAUUGCACCAUGGAGGUGGAGGGAGGCGAGAAGCUCCAGACCGACCAAGCAGAGGCGUCCAAGCCGACCUGGGGAACCCAGGGGGACUUCACCACUACACACCCUUUGCCUGCUGUCAAGGUGAAACUGUUUACAGAGAGUACAGGCGUGCUGGCGCUGGAAGACAAAGAGCUGGGCAGGGUUGUCCUCCACCCAACACCUAACAGUCCCAAACAGUCAGAGCUCCAUAAGAUGACUGUGACAAAGGCUUGCCCUGACCAAGAUCUUAAAAUAAAGCUGGCUAUACGCAUGGACAAACCACAGAACAUGAAACACUGCGGGUAUCUGUGGGCUUUUGGGAAGAACGUGUGGAAACGCUGGAAGAAACGUUUCUUUGUGCUUGUGCAGGUGAGUCAGUAUACCUUUGCCAUGUGCAGCUACAGAGAGAAAAAAUCCGAACCACAGGAGCUUCUGCAGCUGGAUGGGUAUACUGUGGACUACAGUGACCCCCAGCCUGGCUUGGAUGGAGGCAGGGCUUUCUUCAACGCCGUGAAGGAGGGCGACACUGUGAUCUUUGCCAGUGACGACGAGCAGGACCGCAUCCUGUGGGUCCAGGCCAUGUACCGUGCUACUGGCCAGUCCCACAAGCCCGUCCCACCCACUCAGGUCCAGAAACUAAACUCCAAGGGGGGGGCUUCAGCCCAAAUGGAUGCUCCCAUUUCUCAGUUCUCUGGACUCAAGGACGCUGACAGAGCUCAGAAACAUGGCAUGGAUGAGUUUAUCUCCGCUAACCCCUGUAGCUAUGACCACGCCUCGCUUUUUGAGAUGUUGCAGCGGCUCACACUGGACCACAGGCUCAAUGACACCUUCUGCUGCUUGGGAUGGUUCAGCCCGGGGCAAGUGUUUGUCCUGGAUGAAUACUGUGCAAGGAACGGAGUUCGAGGUUGUCACCGACAUCUGUGUUACCUACGCGAUCUUCUGGAACGGGCAGAAAACGGGGCAAUUAUCGACCCCACUCUUCUGCACUACAGCUUUGCUUUUUGUGCAUCCCAUGUGCAUGGGAACAGGCCGGACGGACUGAGCACAGUGAAAGUGGAUGAGAAGGAGCGCUUUGAGGACAUUAAAGAAAAGUUGCGCGUCAUUUUGGAGAACCACAUUGUACAUUUCAGAUAUUUUUUCCCCUUCGGUCGUCCAGAGGGUGCGCUGAAAGCCACUUUGUCUUUGCUGGAGAGGGUUCUGAUGAAGGAUAUCGUGACUCCAGUUCCACCUGAAGAAGUCAAAGGAGUGAUUCGCAAAAAUUUGGAGCAGGCCGCUCAGCUCAACUACCAGCGGAUCAAAGACUAUGCUAAAAUUGAAGGGAAAAAGAGGGAAAUGUAUGAGCACCCUGUCUUCUGCUUGGCCUCUCAAGUGAUGGAUUUAACCAUCCAAAACGCAGGCCGCUUAGUCACGCCUGCCAAAAAGCUGGAGGAAACAAUUCGCCUGGCGGAGUUAGUCAUAGAGGUCCUCCAGCAGAACCAGGAACACCAUGCGGAGGCGGCAGUCACAAGUUCUGGAGAUCAAUCGGGAAAAGAGGCAUUUGCAUGGUGGACAGACCUUAUGGUGGAGCACGCCGAAAACUUCCUGGCCCUCUAUGGCAUCGACAUGGAUGCUGCCCUGGAGAUCCAGUCACCUGAGAGCUGGGACAGCUUUCCUCUUUUCCAACUCCUCAAUGAUUUCCUGCGGACAGACUAUUAUCUGUGCAAUGGAAAGUUCCACAAACACCUCCAGGAUCUGUAUGCUCCUCUGGUGGUUAGAUAUGUGGAUCUGAUGGAGUCCUCCAUCGCACAGUCUAUCCAUAAGGGCUUUGAGAGGGAGUCCUGGGAGCCUGUUAAGAGUUUAACAAGUAAUCUGCCCAAUGUGAAUCUACCAAAUGUGAACCUCCAAAUUCCCAAAGUACCAAAUCUGCCAGUGCCAGUAGCAGGACUAUCAGUUAACCUUCCACAAAUGCCUAGCUUUUCAACCCCGUCAUGGAUGGCUGCUAUAUAUGACUCUGAUAACGGCUCUGGGACAUCAGAGGAUCUCUUCUGGAAGCUGGACGCCCUUCAGACUUUCAUCAGAGACUUGCACUGGCCGGAGGAGGAGUUUGCCAAACACCUCGAGAACCGCAUCAGGCUCAUGUCGAGCAACAUGAUAGAGAACUGCGUCAAGAGGACCAGGAUGGCAUUUGAGUCCAAGCUGACAAAGAGCAGUAAGUCCACAGACUUCCGUAUUUCUCCAUCUUUAUGCACCAUGUUCAAUGUGAUGGUGGACGCCAAGGACCAAUCAGCCAAACUAUGUGCCAUGGAGUUGGGCCAAGAGAAACAGUUACACUCCCAGAUAGACGAAUUGAUUGAGGAGAGUGUGAAGGACAUGAUCCAACUUCUGGUUGCAAAGUUUGUCGCUAUAUUAGAGGGAGUGUUGGCUAAAAUUUCCAGAUACGAUGAAGGAACUCUCUUUUCGUCUUUCCUGUCUUUCACGGUGAAAGCUGCCUCAAAAUAUGUGGAUGUACCUAAACCUGGGAUGGACGUGGCAGAUGGCUACGUGACCUUUAUGCGCCACUCUCAGGACAUGCUCCGUGAAAAGGUCAAUGAGGAGGUGUAUAUAGAAAGGUUAUUUGAUCAAUGGUACACUGCCACUAUGAACCUGCUGGGGACCUGGCUCACCGAACGCAUGGAUCAGCAGCUCCACGUCUACCAGCUCAAGAUCCUCAUCAGGAUCACAAAGAAAAAGUACAGAGACUUCCGCCUACAGGGUGUCUUGGACUCCACCCUGAACAGCAAGAUGUACGAGACGGUGCGCAACAGGCUGACCGUGGAGGAGGCCACUGCUUCAGUGAGGGAAGGAGGCAUGCAGGGCAUCUCGAUGAAGGACAGCGACGAGGAGGAUGAAGAGGACUAGAGGCUGCGCACCGACCCCCCCUCAGCCCCCCACCCCGUCUGUCUGUCCAAAACCGCCCGUCUCUCCCCACCAACCCCCCUCCUGACUCCCCGUUCACACUUUUGACUUUAGCCUGGUUACUGAUGCAUGUACCAACUCAGAUAGCCACUCUAGGACCUCUUUGUCAGCUCGACUUGCCUCUGAAGGAACUAUUAAAUAUAAAGAUAGAAAUUAUACAGAAAAAAAAGUAAAUAAAAAUGUUUAAAAUAACCAUGAUUGGCAGUUUAGCUGUGUCAUAAUAAAGAUAGCACCUAUCUUUGGUCUUCAUUCAUUUCUAAAUUCAUUUCUAUGUGUUAACUAAGCAAUAUGGAGAACCAUUUGUUUGACAAUGUUGAGUGAGAUUAAUCGGUGUGUCCCCUGUCCAAUGCAAACCUAUAUGGCGCUUCUUUGUCGUAUUCUACAUUCAUUAAUGGUACAUUGUCGUGAUGAUGAGUGUGUGGACCCUUUUCUUUGUCUUGUCCGUUUUUAAGUGAAUGCCAACUGCUUUGAACUGAAAAUAAUAAUAAAAAAAAAAACUGUAUUUGUUUACGGCUGAUCCAGAUGAGCUGUCGUCCGCUCACUGUUGCUACCACCGACAGUAAGUCCAGAACCUGCAUUUCCUAUCAUGUGUCGACGCUACGUGGUCUCACCUCGAUUACUAAAUUAGACGCGCUCCGACAGGAAUCUUGAAUUUCGAGUGGGUGUUCAGGAGAUGCAAUAUGCCCAUAGAUCCAUUUUGAUAACUUGGAAGAUUCUAUUUUUAUUUCAACAUUAAAAAAAAAAAAAAAAAAAAAAAAAGGCCUAGAAACAGGUUCUAUUUUAAUUGAGUUGCACUUUUACAGACAAAAAAAGAGCAAAAAGAAUUUUUUUUAUUGAGAAAAAAAAAAGUUGGUCUGUCUUUGUUCUGUAAUUGUGUAGAAUGAGAUGUCUGGCAUUUGUUUGGGUCUCACUGUUGUUUUGUAUAUAUUAUAUAAAUAUAUAUAAAUAUAAAAAUGCUGUACAUUGCAUUCUGAGCCAUCGCUGCAUGCCUGUGGGUUCCUACCCUCCCCCUAAAUGCUUUCUGUUUUCUGUGUGAACUAGCUGGUGGAUUCAUUCUUGCUUUUUUGCCUUAUGAAAGCCAACAGUUGUAAUAUGCAAGAGCUGUGGCCUCUAAAUAAAAAUUACUGUACAUGUG